AUGGUAGAGAGAGUAUUACAGGAGGAAGAAACUGAGAAGUUGGAAACGGAAGUAACAGUUGGUGAAGGGAAAAGACUGGAACAUGCCACAAAGCAGCAUGCCACCUAUCAGCAGCAUGCCACCCAGCAGCAUGCCAUAAAACAGCAUGGUAGCUAUCAGCAGCAUGCCACCCAGCAGCAUGCCACAAAGCAGCAUGCCAGCUAUCAGCAGCAUGCCAUCCAGCAGCAUGCCAUAAAACAGCAUGCUAGCUAUCAGCAACAUGCCAACUAUCAGCAGCAUGCCACCCAACAGCAUGCCAUAAAACAGCAUGCUAGCUAUCAGCAACAUGCUAGCUGUCAGCAGCAUUCCACCCAGCAGCAUGCCAGCUAUCAGCAGCAUGCCACCCAGCAGCAUGCCACAAAGCAGCAUGCCAGCUAUCAGCAGCAUGCCACCCAGCAGCAUGCCAUAAAACAGCAUGGUAGCUAUCAGCAGCAUGCCACCCAGCAGCAUGCCACAAAGCAGCAUGCCAGCUAUCAGCAGCAUGCCACCCAGCAGCAUGCCAUAAAACAGCAUGCUAGCUAUCAGCAACAUGCCAACUAUCAGCAGCAUGCCACCCAACAGCAUGCCAUAAAACAGCAUGCUAGCUUUCAGCAACAUGCUAGCUGUCAGCAGCAUUCCACCCAGCAGCAUGCCAGCUAUCAGCAGCAUGCCACCCAGCAGCAUGCCACAAAGCAGCAUGCCAGCUAUCAGCAGCAUGCCACCCAGCAGCAUGCCAUAAAACAGCAUGGUAGCUAUCAGCAGCAUGCCACCCAGCAGCAUGCCACAAAGCAGCAUGCCAGCUAUCAGCAGCAUGCCACCCAGCAGCAUCCCAUAAAAAAGCAUGCUAGCUAUCAGCAACAUGCCAACUAUCAGCAGCAUGCCACCCAACAGCAUGCCAUAAAACAGCAUGCUAGCUAUCAGCAACAUGCCAACUAUCAGCAGCAUGCCACCCAGCAGCAUGCCAUAAAACAGCAUGCUAGCUAUCAGCAACAUGCCAGCUAUCAGCAGCAUGCCACCCAGCAGCAUGCCAUAAAACAGUAUGCUAGCUUUCAGCUACAUGCCAACUAUCAGCAGCAUGACACCCAACAGCAUGCCAGCUGUCGGUAG